AUGAAAGUUCAAAGCCAUCUCAACUCCAGUGGCAAUUUCAGGUGCAGUUUGGAGGUCAGGAAUUUUGAUGGAGCUGUUGGUUUGGCAGACCUGGUAGGUGAAAUACAUGAAUCUUUCAGUAACACAUGUGAAAGGUGCUCUAAAAUUGACCUCACCGGUCUCAUUCUCAGCAGGCUGGCCUGGCGCACUCGCCAUGGCCUUUAUCUUCAUGAUAUUGGCGCCUGCUCUAUUUUUCCAAAGUCCAAGCCUGUGUUCCAAACUACAGACUUCAAUGUUACAUUUUCUGUUGUAACAUUUACAACCUCUUCCCUCCAAGGUAAGAAGAAGAACCACCUUAUUUGUUUCAAUGAAGGCGCCUCCACAGACAUUCAAAUGAUGAAGUUGUUCCUUUCCUCUGACAAUUUGAGAGUCCACUGUUUCUUCCAAAGUGAAAACCAGGUUCUUUCAAGGGCAAUUCUGAGUAUUUUUACAACAGGAGGUGUUGCUCCCAACAUGAUAGUCAUGAACAGUACAUAUCAUGGUGACUUCCACUUUAAAUUAUCUCUGCUCAGCAAUCGGGCUUUCUGGUUAAUUGAUAUUCCUAGAGAAAACAUCACAGUAAACACAGACAUCGCAGCGGUAGAACAAUGGAUAAUAAAGAUUACAAUGCAUGAAGGAUUAAACAUUUAUGAUACUGAAGGUACCCUACUGGAUCUUGUCCGAGAGCCUAUUCUUCAGUGGAGUCUUGGACCUACCAUGAAUAAAACACAGGUCAAACAAUUAUAUCCACAUGUGAUAGAUAUCAUAGUGACAAAGUGCCCCUGUGCCAAUGAUGUGGCAUUACUUGGCCUUAUUUUGGAUGCAACAUCUAAUGGUGUUUACAUAGGCAAAACCAUUUCUGGAUUUUGGAAAGUUGAUGGCAUCAUAUGGCAUGACAUGACAAAGAUCAUCUAUGAAGAACUUAAAGAUGAACACAAAGGACUUACAGUGAUAGAUAUGGUUUUAACAAAUCAUUUUUUAGUCAUCCUUACCUCGUUGGGUCUUUUUAUAAGUCCUGAUCUUCGUUAUCCAAUCACUUCACACAUACAGCUUUCAAGAGCUGAGUUUUGUGGAUUUGAAAGGGUUGACUAUAUCAAAGGAAAACUGUGGUAUACUGAAAGAUGUUUCGCGAACACAGAACGUUUUGAAGUUGAUUAUAUUACUAUCACUUUCAACAGAAACAGAACCCUCAGUGAGUCCAGUUCUUGUUUUUAUAGUAAAGAACCAUUUCUUGAAUGGUUGCCUUGCUUAGAUUCUACUUAUGAAAGUUCAACUGUGGUAACAUUUCUCAUUGACCAAGAAAGUAAAACUGGAAUUUAUCUCCUCCGUCAUCAGAGAUCUCGGCAUGUUGCUGUCUCUGUAUCAAUGCUCAAGGAGGAGAAACCAAGCCCUCGACCAAAAUUUCCAAAUUUUAAAUUUCCUGCCUCAUUCUCUCAUGCAGUUGGAAUGGUGUUUCAUCCCCGAAGCCACUUUCUGUAUGUUUAUGGUGAUCAGGUAUGGCUUUCAGUGGAUGGUGGCAAUACUUUUGAAUUACUGUGUGAUUUUCUAAGUAACUUUGUAAGGAAGACUGUUCAUAGUUUUUAUACUUCUGAUAUUUCUUUUAUUACACAAAAUAAAAUGAUUUACAGGACAAAGGCAGGAUCUGCAAGAUACACUAAAAUGGGGGAAAUUAAUGAUACUGUUUACACAUUAUACUACGAUCAGUUGGGAUACAUACACAAACUGACCACAGACCGCUUUGACACUACUGCACCACUUUCAGGCUAUGUGACUACUAGCAGUAUUUUCGGAGAGCCACCUGAUUUGGGAUUUGAGACUGCACUGGCUCCACAGUUUGUCUCGGCCAAUGAGAUGCUUUUCUUUGCAUUUGUACCUCUGAAUGAAUCUGUUAAAAAUGUGUACAAAAAGAAGUUCGAAAAUAUUCACGUUGGGAAAGUGCUAAGCCACAGUAAAACUGGAAAUGCUUACAUCAGAGAAAUAUUUCGACAUACCAGUGGUAAUGUUGGAUUUUAUUCUUCAGUUCUCGCAGAAAUAAUAGAACCUUUUGGAAUGGAAGUAAUAAAUGACAGCCCUUGUUUAGAUAGUAAUCUUAGCAUUUCAAUUAUUGGACCCAACAUGGUCAAACUAUCUCUUGAACCACGAAAUUACCCAAAUGUAUUUAAAGAUACAGAUGUAGAAAAGACUGUGGUGAUACCUGGCCACAGCAGCUUCAUGGUCAUCGAAAUUACUGAUGAGUGGACUGCUUUUGCCAUAGCUACUAUGCCUGAUACCGUGGAUUCAGACUUGACGUUUGCAGCACACUCUUGGCUCUUAUACAACUUUGGCUCAAAGAGUGGACGGAAUUGGGCCAUACAUUUAAAACCAUGUAAUUACUGGGUUCAAACUGAUUUAAGAUCCUUGAAUGCUGUGAAAUACACUGAUAUGGGAAACAAAGAAGAGCUUAAAUAUCAGGUUAUUCCUAAUACAAGAGGUAUGAUACCACUUCAGAUCCCACCAGUGACGGUGAUUAUUGGAAACCCAACAUUAUUGGAAGUUAUGGCCAAUGGUCAUUUCGACAUCAGUGAUGAUUACCACAUGAAGAUUCAGAUAGCUAGCAAAUUUUUCCACAGAGGCUCCACUUCGCUGGCACUGGUUCUGUGGGACGCAUCAACCGAUUGCUAUGUCACUACACUGGUGACAACCAUGAAGAGCAGCUGCAGUUACCUCAGGACCAUGCACCACGUCCCUGACGCUGACAUCCCACCUGAAGACUGGGUCAGUGGAGUUCAUGAGGACAGUCUGGGCUUCAAUAUGAUCAAGACUCUGCCGGUAAACUACAGGCCUCCAUCUAAUAUGGGAAUUUCUAUUCCACUGACUGAUAACUUUUAUCAUGCAGACCCUAGCAAACCCAUCCCAAGAAAUCUGUUUCAGAAAUCAAAGGAAACUGGCAAAUACAAACAGUGCGCCAAUGCCACCCGUCGGGAAAUGUGCAACUGCACUGAACAUCAAAAGGGUUCACAUGCUGUCGCUUUCUCAGACUGCAAAGAAAAGGUUCAUCGUUACAAGUUUCCAGUCACCCAAUACCCAGUUGUUUUGGAGAUUUUCAAUGAAGGAGAAAAAUUCUCUGUGGAACCCCCAUAUUUGGUUACUGUGACUGAAGUCAAUAUGAGAAAAAACUGGGAACUAAAGCACACUGUGCCAGAGAACCUUAAGAAGUUGAAGACUUACUUAGAGUCAAGGCUUAAAACUCCAGUGUAUAAUCCUUUAGGUCUCAACCUCAGUAUAAGGGGCUCUGAGCUGUUUCACUUCAGGGUGUCUGUAGUUCCUGGAGUCAGCUUUUGUGACUUAGCUGAAGAAUUUCAGAUUUAUGUCGAUGAAGUACCAUUGCCUUUUCCAGGACAUACACUGAUUGCUGUUGGAACAUCCGUAGUGAUAGGGGGAUUGAUUUUCAUAUCAUUUUUAUUCCAACUGCGCAACAUCCACCCAUUGAGAGCAUUCUGGAGACACAGCAGAGGACAUUUUGCAAUGUCAUCAUUUUCAAGCAUUGGCUCAUAAGCAAAAGUCUGGACAUACUGAUCAAACAAUAAUCAUCAAUUAUCUCUAAUUCCUGAUUCCAUCAAACGC